AUGAUGUACUUUUGCCCGCCGCCCGCGGCCGCGGUCAAGGUCGAGGCCGAGAAGCCGCGCGUCCAAGGCGCGUGGUCGGAUCUCGAGCACAAGCGGUUCCUUAUCGGGCUCGAUCUGCACCCCAAGGGCCCAUGGAAAGCAAUCGCUUCGUUUAAGCUCUUCCGCAAGAUGCGCCUCGCCGCAACGUCCAACGAGCCGGCCGCGAUGGCCCAGCACGGUAUCAUGGCGCUCGUCAAGCACGAGAUUGGAUCGCUGGCCAUCGAGCCGCUGCCGUUCAGCAACGCAUGCAGUACUGCCGACGGCAAUGAUGCGACACGUAUCAAGACGGAAGACAGCAUGGACGACGAGUCCUUGCCGUCGCUGGACGAGUGCGUGGCCUUUUUCUACCACACGCUUGCAUGA